AUGGGCGCCGACGCGGCGCGCCCUCCCUCACCUCCCUCCGGACCCGCUGGCGUAACGGAAGGGCUUAGCGUCGCCGGCGCGCAACCGAUGGGCGCGGCGACAGCUAACAGCACGCUCAGGUAUGGAUUAACCGUAGAGACACCGAGGUCACCGUCCUACGACACGACAUUGCUAUGGCGAAGGGAUUUAGCCAAGCGGUUACGGCGUCGUUCCAGACCCACGCCGAUCCCAGCUAGACAUCCCAAGGCUGCCGUCAUAGACAGAACUACCGAGAAACGAAAGUCGCUGCAGGAAACUACCAAGGAGGUAAAUAAACCAAUUAUUAAAGCUCAGUCCGUCAGAUCACAUGCGAGCAGUCGCACUGUGAUAGAAGCGCAGCUGUCUCAGGCGGAGCUCGAGGCCAGCGAACGGCUAGCGGAGAUAUCCCGGAGGGAGUUGCAGCUAGAAGCGGACAUGGUACGUAAACGGCUAGACGCCAGAAAACUGCAGAUCCGCGCUAAUGCGGAUAGCGCAGACGAGCACGAAUCUGCUGGUAGCGUGCGGAAUUCGAAUCAAGAUCGAUUAGACGAAUGGCUAGAGAACUCGCGAGACGCGACGUCAAAACCCAUUUUUAUGGAUAUCGAUCGAAGGCACUAUGCCGAUAACCCCAUGCUCAUCAGAGAGGUUACGGACAGGUUGUCGCCGCAUCUUCGAAGCAGAUGGUGCGACUACGCGAAGAAACAUCGAGACAGCAAGGACCCGGAGAUUCUGCAGUUGGCGGAUUUCCUCAUGGAGGAAAGCGAACAGGAGAUGUCCUUCUAUCGAGCGACGAGGUGUCAACCAGCGCAGAGCGUGCGCAUCGAGGACGAGUGGUACGAAGGACCGCGCUUUCUCUAUGGACCCGAGACAUCAUGGCCUAGUCACACAUCGAAUCGAACAGACGACCUGCCUGAGAGGAAGGCGAGGCCGUCAACCGAGACGUCACUGGCGAUCAUCUCAGCGAAGCCAGACCCUUCGAGCGUACUGCCAGACGUGAGACGGUUUAGCAGUUACGACAGACUGUUGAACGCGACAGCGAACGUCUUGCUAUUCAUCGAGAAAAUGAGAACGAAGAAUAAAGCCUUGCAGCUACAAGUCAGACAUUUGAGAAAGGCAGAACACAUGUGGUUGCAAUACAGUCAACGACGAAGCUUUCCCGAAGAGCUUCGAGCCUUAAGCCAGAAUAGGCUCAUCGAUCGCAAAUCGCGAUUAUACGACCUGGCACCCGAGCUAGGCGAUGACGGCGUGUUACGCAUGAAGACGAGGCUGGGCAGCGCUCCAGUAUUGUACACCGCGUUACAACCGAUAAUACUGGAUGGCCGCGAGCCGUUCACCCGUCUACUCAUCCUGCGAGCUCACCGACGAUCAGCGCACAUUCACAACGAAGCAGUAAUCAACGAACUGCGACAAGAAUAUUGGAUACUACAUCUGCGGCCGACCGUGAAGUCUGUAGCUCGAAACUGCGCGCUAUGCACACUACGACGAGCAACACCGAGAGCGCAGCCCUUAGGCGAUCUCCCGCCCGAGCGACUACAGGCGUAUCAACGUCCCUUCACUCACACCGCACAAGACUACAUGGGACCGAUGUUCGUCACGAUCGGACGGCGCAGAGAAAAACGCUGGGUGUGUCUAUACACGUGCCUAGUGACGCGCGCUAUUCACCUUGAAAGCGUGCACAGUCUUUCAACCGACAGCGCGCUACUAUCACUACGAAGAUUCGCCGCGAGAAGAGGAUGGCCCAGGACGAUGUACAGCGAUAACGCGACGUGCUUCAGGGCGGCGGCGACGGAACUACGUGAGGCGUACCGGCAAUGGCUGCCUGUACUGCAAACUUACGCCACUCAGAACCGAAUGGAGUGGAAAUUCAUCCCACCUGGCAAUCCUUCGGCCGGGGGCGCGUGGGAACGAAUGAUAAGGACAGUUAAGAUAGCGAUGUCCUACACUUUCAACGAACGAGCACCGAAACCCGAAGUUUUCGAAACUCUACUCGCCGAGAUAGAGAAUAUCGUCAACCGACGACCACUUACACAUGUCAACGUCGAUCCAGACUCCGAAGAAAGUUUGACUCCAGCACACUUUCUACUUCUUCAUAACGCUAACCUACCGAUGAUUGGCGUUUACGACGAGAACGAAAAGAAGCAAUGGAAGAUGGCCCAAGCGCUUGCCGACCACUUUUGGCGGCGCUGGACCAAAGAGUACUUUCCUCUACUGGCACCGAGGAAGUCGUCCCACGACGGAGGGCGGCAACUUCAACCAGGCGAUGUGGUCAUCGUCGCUGAACCCAAUGGUCCACGCAGCGUGUGGCCCCGAGGCGUCGUCGAGACUACCUACCCGGGACCCGAUGGACGGGUCCGCUCCGCUGACAUCAGAACGAGACACGGGACGCUACGCAGGCCCAGCUGCAGGCUGGCGGUCAUCGCGUCGCAACCCAUGCACCAGGAGUCUUCGACUGCGGGGACAAAAUGUUAG